AUGUCCCCACAUGGUAAUAACAAUGGGUCAGGGAUCACUCAGGGCUCGCAGACUAUCAGUCUCUCUCAGGCACCACCAGUGCUGACUCUACGUGCAUCAAAUACAGAACACAAUAAAGAGAAUCAGGAUAAUAAGAAGACAAACGAUAAACCAAAUAUUAGAUGGGAGCAAGGUACUAUCGAUAAUGAGAAUAUGGGCAAAAAGAAGACCAAAAUCUGUUGUAUAUUCCAUCCGCAGGAUGAAGAUGAUGAAUUUGCUGAACCCGAGGUCCAUAUGCAUGAUAAACCAUCUGAUUCUGAAUCUGAUUCUAGUUCAUCUUCUGGUGAAUCCGAAGAUGAUAAUAAAAAAGGUUAUAAUUUCGAAGAACGUAGAAAAAGAAGAUUAGAGAGACGUCAUAUGAAACUAGCAAAAGAAAAUUCUAUUGAACCAAAUGCUUAUGAAUUCCAACCUGACUAUUCACAUAGAAGAGCACAAAAUAGUAUUAACUCACAUCCAUAG